AUGGGCUGCGCCAACAACUAUCCUAGCAGGCGAGGCUGCACUUUGCUAUUUACCUCUCGCCAUCCACUCUACCACGCUCACACUUGCGAAUGUCUUGUCGCUCGCAGAGAUUUAUGCACUCAUAGUGGCGGUGGUGACGAUGGACGCAUCCACCCAGUUUCAUGGGUCGGUCAACGGUCAAUACACCAUCGCGGCCCCACACGCGUCCCACGGCGGAUCGACAACUUCUACUUCAACGGACCCGACACACCGUCGCCGGCUCCUAAACCCUACCGCGUCAUCCCCUUCCCCCGCAACGAGGAUGUCGUCCGUCGGUCGGACCUCUUCGCCAAGCUCGACGCACUCCUUCCAUCGACGCCGAAAUAUGGCAGCGCCGCCCUCUGGGGUCUUGGUGGGUCGGGCGUAGCAAAACCCAGAUCGCGCUCGAGUACGCGUACCGCCGAUGCAGCGACCCUGCCUGCUCCGUCUUCUGGGUCCACGCCGAUAACGAGACGACGCUCGCGCACGACUACAAGACGAUCGCGAGGAAGCUCGGGCCUGGACAGCAAGCUCGAUGGUGAAGAUCUGUUCGUGGUCGUGCGCGAGCGCAUCGAGUCAGAGCCGCGAUGGUUGCUCGUCCUUGACAACGCCGACGACCUGGCGCUCUUUGGCGUCGGCCAGACGUCAGACAAGUCAGCAAGCCUGUUGGACUACGUCCCGCGAGGUCCUACGGGAAUGGUCCUCUGGACGAGCCGCGAUGAACGGAUCGCUGCACCCUUGUUGGACCGCGGCGAGGCAUCGGGGUCGCCCGAGCGAAGAGCUCGAGGAUGCCACGGCUUUGCUCGAGGAGCUUCAGUGGCUCCCCUGGCUAUCUCUCAGCAGGAGCGUAUAUGCGGCGGACGUCGACACCUAUCAAGGAGUACUUGUCGAGACUGGUCGAGGGAAAAAGAGCGAUGGCGCAUCCUGAAAGAGACAGAAUUCGACAGACACCGACGACUCGAUAUACCUAAUAGCAUCCUGGAAACGUGGCAUAUCUCGAUCGAUCGUAUUCGGCAGGAGAACGAGAUAGCAUACAAGACCUUGCAUAUUAUCGCGUAUCUCGAUAACCAGAAUAUCCCGUUGGAGGUAAUAGCGGCGGCUGCUAUAUUUAGCAAUAAUAGGCAGAAGGGAGGACUGCCUGAGAACGAGCAGCAGGUGGAUAGAGCUAUUAUUCGGCUCAAGGAGUUCUCAUUUAUUACUGCACACAGAACAGAAGAGGGUAAACGGAGCUUUGAAAUGCACAAGCUUGUGCAGGAGGCUACUCGCAAGCGUGAUGCCAAGAAGGGUGGCUGGGAGGAUGGAGCCGAAGUAUACUUCUCAAAUGCUGCACUACAGGUCAUUACAAAGCUCUUCCCUGAACGCAAGCGAGAGAUGUGGGCACAAUGCGAGACGUUCUUGACGCAUGCGGUGCGGGUGGAGAGAGAAGGAGCGGGUGGAUGUGAGGGCGUUUGCGCUGCGACGGGGGUGCUCGGGGAGAAGCAUCCAGAUACAAUUCGGAGCAUGGGGGAGCUCGCGACGACAUACCAUGCGCAGGGCCGGUAUGACGAAGCCGAGGAGAUCUCGGUCAAGGUAUUGGAGCUACGGCGGGAGGUUCUCGGAGAGAAGCAUCCAGAUACAAUCGAGAGCAUGGGGUCACUCGCGACGACAUACCAUGCGCAGGGCCGGUACGACGAGGACGAGGAGAUCUCGGUCAAGGUGUUGGAGCUACAGCGGGCGGUACUCGGGGAGAAGCAUCCGGAUACAAUCCGGAGCAUGGGGUCACUCGCAGCGACAUACCAUACACAGGGCCGGUACGACGAGGACGAGGAGAUCUCGGUCAAGGUGUUGGAGCUACAGCGAGCGGUACUCGGGGAGAAGCAUCCGGAUACAAUCCGGAGCAUGGGGUCACUCGCGACGACAUACCAUGCGCAGGGCCGGUACGACGAGGCCGAGGAGAUCUCGGUUAAGGUGUUGGAGCUACAGCGGGAGGUUCUCGGGGAGAAGCAUCCAGAUACGAUCCGGAGUAUGGGGGAGCUCGCGGCGACAUACCAUAACCAGGGCCGGUACGACGAGGCCGAGGAGAUCUCGGUCAAGGUGUUGGAGCUACAGCGGGAGGUUCUCGGGGAGAAGCAUCCAGAUACGAUCCGGAGUAUGAGGUUACUCGCGACGAUAUACCAUACGCAGGGCCGGUACGACGAGGACGAGGAGAUCUCGGUCAAGGUGUUGGAGCUACGGCGGGCGGUGCUCGGGGAGAAGCAUCCCGACACUCUCGAAGCCAUGCAUGACCUUGCUGUUACUUGGAAAAGCCAAGACCGGGGCGAUGACGCUAUUGCGUUGAUAAAGCAAUGCUCGCAAUUGAGACGUAAAAUCCUGGGGCCGGACCACCCCUUCACGAAGCGGUCUGGUCGAGCUCUUGAACGCUGGAAGACUGAGCAAGUUGG